AUGACCAUCCACGCCAAACACCCCCAGGACACGCCCUCGCCCGCCCUGCUGGCCUUCUGGAGCCAGCACAUGCGCUCCGUGAUCGGCCCACUGAUGAAAGCAACAGGCUACCCGCCCGCAGCGCAAGAGGCCAACCUCCGCUUCCUCGACGAGCACAUCGCGCCGACGCUGGGCCCGCACCCCAAAGACCCGCACCCGAACUAUGUCGCCCCCUGCGCCGUCGUCGGCACCCCCUUCAACCCCAGCUUCAACGUCUCCGGCACCGGCGCCCCCAAGGUCCGCUUCGACUACGACCUGCUCCCGCCGCUGCACCGCGCCGCAUCCGACGACCCAUGGGGCGAGCGCGACGCCCGCGCCGUGCUGCGCCGUCUGGCCGCCGCCCUCGGCGCCAACACCCAGUGGCUGGAGUACUUCAUGGACCGCCUGUACCUCUCGCCGGCGGAGGCGCAGGCGCUGCUCGCGAUCGUCCCCCACGAGGUCGUCAUCCCGUCCGCCAUGGUCGGCGUGAUGUUUGACGGCGCCCAGCCGCGGCUGAAGGCGUGGGUGCCGACGAUGCGCCGCGCGAUGGUCGAGGGGCGGUCCUCGAACGCGGUGGCGCUGGAGGCGCUGCGCGGGCUGAGACCGCUGGGCGAGGCUAUUGCGCCCGCCGUCGACGUGCUCGAAGCCUGGAUCACAUCCACCACGCAAGACGCCCGCCUCAUGCUGAUGGGCAUGGACUGCGGCGCGCCGCACGACUCCCGGCUGAAGAUCUACCUCGUGACGCCGCAGAACGCGUGGGCGACGGUGCGCGACGUCAUGACGAUGGGCGGGCGGCUGGACGACGCGCCGGCGCGCAAACGGGUCGCGCUGCUGCGCACGAUCUGGCCGUAUCUGAUUAACGAGCCGGACGAUGCGCGUAUUGUAGCUGACGAGCACUGGUGCAAGCCCGAGCGGAUGCCGCGGCUUGGCUUCUCCGGGCUAAUGUACUCGAUCGAGAUUAAGCCGGGCCGGCCGGUGCCCGAGGCCAAGCUGUACGUGCCGCUGUUUCAGUACGCCGAGAGCUCGGCGGUCGCGGAGCGUAAUAUGGAGGCGGCGCUGGCGCUGCUGGACAUCGAGUGGGGGUCCAGCGGGAGGUAUCGGCGGACGAUGGAGGAGACUUUCGGUAAGGGAAAGGAGUAUGGGCAGAUAUUUGCGGCGUAUUCGUACUCGGAGCGCACGGGGGGAUAUAUCAAUUCGUAUGUCAGCAUGCCGAUUGAGGACGUGCAGGUGCAUCCGCUUUUGGGAGACUACGUCUAG